UGUGCUGCUGCCAGAAUACCAGUAGGAAAAGGCGUUUCCAUCCACGAUCCGGCAAGACUGUGUAGUUUAUCCUACUUACAACCUGACGGACGGAUCAAACUUGCCUGGACCAAAAAAACAACGCAUUUAUCCACACUAGCCAAUAUAAUUUCAACAUUGUUUUUGUAAUCGCUUUUAUAUAUUUAGGCUAUACAAUAAAAUCCAUUACAAGACAGCGGUCUAAAGCUAACAACAUCCUAAACCAACUACAUUCUGGAUAGAGGAGCUGUCUGAGGAAGAGUACUUUGCAGCAAGAUUGUACGCGUGUACAUCAAAUAUAAAUUACAUUUUAAUAAAGUUUUGUGAUAGAAGUGAACACUUCCUCUUACGCACAGACACAGAUCAUCUCUCUCGCUUCGCUGACUCAUAGCCUACACAGAACCCAGGACCAUGUCGGAGUACAGCUCUUUGCUCAGCGACCUGUCUGAAAACAUCACCAAUGAGGACUUGGACCAGCUGAAGUCUGCCUGCAAGGAGGACAUCACAGAGGACCAGAGCAACACCAUCACCUCCUCCAAGGAGUGGUUCAACUACCUGGAGGAGAACCAAAAGCUGGCACAGGAUAACCUGUCGUACAUUGAGCACAUCUUUGAGAUCUCACGGCGACCAGACCUGCUGACCCGUGUCAUCGAGUACCGCACCACGGUUCUCAAGAUCUCUGAGGACGAUGAGAUCGACACCAAACUCACACGCAUCCCCUCCGCCAAGAAAUACAAAGAUAUCAUUCGCCAACCCUCUGAAGAUGAGAUCAUCAAGCUGGCUCCUCCCCCUAAAAAAGUGUGAGGUCUACACCUCUGACCUUUGCACUUUGACCCCUGGCACUCCAACCAUCUCGUCCCCCCUCCUCCUCCCGCCUCACCCCAGUUCCACUAACACAAACCAUUUUACACAGAGACGCUAGCAACACCUCUCCAAUCAACCAAUCAGAUCGCCAUGAUGCUUCGCCGCCCCUUUAUCCAAGGCUAAGGAAGAGCUGAAGAUGAAAGAUGGAGAGAAUGAAUCCCCCUUGUUAAGAGAUGUGUUGGUCAGUUUAGAGCUUGUGUACGUACCUGUACUUGUAACACUGUUUUAAGAAAAUGUGUAAGUGUGUGUCUGAAUGCAUGUCCGUGUGCGUGUGUAUGUGUGUGUCUGAAUGCAUGUCUGUGUGCGUUUGUAUGUGUGUGUGUGUGUGUGUCUGAAUGCAUGUCCGUGUGUAUGUGUGUGUGUGUGUAUGUGUGUGUCUGAAUGCAUGUCCGUGUGUAUGUGUGUGUCUGAAUGCAUGUCUGUGUGCGUUUGUGUGUGUGUGUGUGUCUGAAUGCAUGUCUGUGUGCGUUUGUGUGUGUGUGUGUGUGUGUGUGUCUGAAUGCGCGUGUGUGUGUGUGUGUGUGUCUGAAUGCAUGUCCGUGUGCGUGUGUAUGUGUGUGUCUGAAUGCAUGUCCGUGUGCGUGUGUAUGUGUGUGAGCGUGUGUGUGAGUUUAAACAUAUCUCUCUUUGUGUUUGUAUGGGAUCCCCUCUAGUUCGACCUAGAAAUGUUGCAGGAAAAGCAGCAUUAUAUCAGAUACGGUAUUCGCAUGACCAGUGUUAGGCUAUUAGGAUGAACAUGCUGCCAUUAGGUACAUAAAUUUGCAAACAUAUCCUUCAAUCACUCUUGCAAUACACUUGAAUUGCUAUUCCACUAAGAGACAAAUCAAUGGGAGACUAAGUGAAAAUGUCACUUAAGUGGAAGUAGGAUUCCACUUAACUUAGCAUUAUGCAUUACGAUUUAUCAGUGGAGCAAAAAGAAAGCUAUAGUACAGGUGUCAUAUUUCCUUCACUCAUAAUUCAGACGAAAUCAUCAGAUCAUUGGAUAUUAAAAAGUGUUUCGUUAGGGAUUCAUAGAAAAAGCCAAUAUUUGCCUUUAGCCUAGCCAUAGCCAUGGAAUUAUCGAAGAAGAAAAUGUUAUAUUACAUGUAUUAUUAUAUUUAUAUGGUAUUACACCAUGACAAUAGUAUCAUUUGAUUGUCUUUUUGUUUUGUUGACUUAAAAUGAACAUGCUAUCCUAUACCCUACAUCGUUAUAAGGACCAAUAGAAUUCACAUGCAGUGGGGAAAUAAAGCCUAUUGGCUACUCUCUGUUUUGUUCAUACUAAGCUUUGAGUAUGUAAUAUAUAAUUGUAUGAUUAUCUAUUUUAUAUACAUAUAUAAUUAUAUAUAUACAUAUAUCAUUAUUGAAGUCUAUGGUAUGAAAGCUAACUCUAAGGCUAGGUUUAGGCUAAUGCUAGCAGGGAACUCUCAUUACAGUGCUGUGUAACGUGAUUCCAACGGUAAUCCAACGUCUGUCAAAUAAUAUUGUUUUUAAACAGUGAUUUUACACAAAGAUUCAAUGUUCCUUUAAUGUGAAAUAGUAUUUUAAAAAGACACCUUAUUGUAAACCUUAUUAUAAAAACAUAUACAAAAUUCUUGUAUUGAUCAAUUUAAAAACUCUAUAUGAAACACUAUGUAAUAUUAGAAAAACUAAAAUAUAUAUAUUUUGUAAGGAUAUAAAAUAUGUAUGAUAUUUACUGUGUUUGAAUAAGAAUCGACAUCUUUCUGCUCCGAAAGUGCCACUCAAAUUCCAAGCCCAAAGUUUUUCAGGACAGAAAACAAUGGACCAAUCAGGGGGAGGGACUGCAGCCUCUGAAAGAAAUGUAAGGGAAUAACAAAACGGUAGAUAGACGCUGAAAAAGAAAAACUCCCGCAAUAUCAUGACAAAAAAAGGACAAUAUAUAAACCAAUGAUAUACAUACAUAGUUCAUCAUCUGUUUUGUGAAAAGCCCAAGUACUGCGUUAAUCAUUAACACACACACACAACAGUGCACUACACUUUAAAUCAGGGGUGUCAAACUCAUUCCAUGGAGGGCCUAGUGUCUGCAGGUCUUUGCUUUUUCCUUUCAAUUAAGACCUAGACAACCAAGUGAGGGGAGUUCCUUACUAAUUAGUGACCUUAAUUCAUCAAUCAAGUACACGGGAGUAGCAAAAACCCACAGACACUCAGCCCUCGGUGAAAUGAGAUUGACAACUGUGCUCUAAAUAUCCUAAUCCCUAACACAUUUUGGGUCUCAGUCACCAUACAUAAAACAAAGCAAGAUUGUUAAUUCAAAUAAACAAAAUACUCAUAUAUAUUACACUGUGUUUCCUCCCUACGAAGAAUUCUUAGCAGAAUUCGGUGUAUACACUCCAUGACAACUAAUGUGUCAAAUGUGAAAAUGUGUGUGAGCAUGUGUGGUUGCACCCACACACUUGUACAGUCAGUACACAUCACGUUCAAUCUCACUCGUAAAGAAGGGGGACUUUUUAGCGAGUUUGCUGAGGGCUUCACACCUCACAACUGGUCUGUGUGGAUGUCUGCCAAACUAAAGGGUCUCGGCAGGGAUACUGAUUAUAAGUGUGUGAGCUGAGGGCUCCUGAUCCUGAUGAAACCUUCACAGAGGUCCUAAGAUCUCAAAAACACCUAUACAACGAAUUCUAUAAUUGCACAGUCACGGCCAACCACUUUCUUUGGGGGGAAAAAACUGCCUUUUCUCUCCUAUAGCCUCUACUCUCACCUCUCCCCACACCCCCUCUUUCCCUACCCCCAGUGCCAAUGACCAAGACUUUUAUUUCCAUCGCAGUUUCUGUGAUCUGGUUUUGUAUUGCUCGCUGUUAAACGUAUAGUGUUGGAACUUAUUAGUAUCCCAUGCACUUAUCUUUGAUAUAUUCUCCUCCACAUGUAUUAUCCUCAUUAUGUAAACUGUAAUCAUGAAGCGCUUAAUAAUAGGAUUCCUGAUCUAGGAUCAGGUCCCCCCUGUCUAUAUAAUCAUAAUGCAUUAUAAUUUAGAUCAGCACACCUACUCUGAGACUAAUGAAUGCGUCCCAAACUACUGAACUGAGUAAAAAAUAGUAUUGUAAAUAUAUUCAGGGCCAAUUAUUUGUAAGGUUGACUGUCAAGCACGGCCCCCUUAGGAAGCCAGCACCCCUUUAUGGUGAAGCGGUGGCUGCUGUUAAUGAACCCUGUGCCAAAUGUGUAAUCUGAUCCUAGAUCUGUUCUUUGUUGCGACUUCUAAUCUACUGUAAUUUGUGCUGAAUAGGUUAUGGUUAGGAUUACCUGUUGCUAGGGAGCAGCAGUUCGUCUUGCAGGCAAGGGCAAUCAGUUGUACUUACCGCUAUGAUCUGUGGGUGCUGGUAGACAGGGUAGACAUGUGUUCACCUUGCUGGAGGAAGAGUUUGUGUCAGAUGACCAUUAUAGAUCCUCUUAGGCUUACUAUUUCACUUACCACUAACAGAUCUCUGAAGAAAAGCAGAUAAAUUGUCGUAACAGUAAUAGGAAGUUAUAAACAAAGUGUGUCCAAAAAAAAAAAUACAUAUUUAAAAAAUAAUAAUAAUUGUAGAUUCUUAUGAGGAUCGCAAGGGAGGUGUUGUUUUCUUGUUCGUUUUUUGUCUUGUUUUUGUUUUGUGUGCUAAAAAAUAUAUAUAUACUUAAACAGUAAGUAGGGAUGUUUGAAUCUGUGUUUAUGACCAUGUUACUUAGGUAUUUUUUUCAUGUCAGAAUUCCACUAUGAGUAAUAAUGGACUGUGCCAUGUUAGCGAUUGUGUGGUAGGAUGUCAGUAGAUAGAGUGAUGGGUGAACCUCACUCACACACACACACACACACACACACACACACCGAUAAACUCAAUAAUACAAAUCAAUUGCCCUAUACCAAUAAGAACCAACCUCCACUUUACAACAUUCACGAUUAUCCUCAAAUCUAAACACAUUUGUAUUUGGGAUUGUUUACGUGUUGUUGUAGCUACUGUAGCCUAUGCAUAUUUUUAUAUUUCAGCCCAGAAAAUGAAUUCAAGUAGUGAGGAAGUUGCCAUAUGUUUUACUAAGAAUGCAAACCCCCCUUUUAUUCCUGUUCUCAGAAAAAACACUGAAAGCACUGCUUCUCUCUUUCUCCCUUCCCCCUCUUCCACAUAUCUUCUUCCACUCCCUUCCUCCCUCCCAAUGGCAACUCUGAUAUAGUCCUUUCCCCAUUGGCUACAAUGCAAAGACAACAAGGAAGGACUCACACUGUGUGAGAUACAACCAUACGUUCUUAGGUGACGUUUUCAUUUCAUGGUUUCUUUUUAAUCCAAGCUUACAUAUAUGCCAUGUACAGAAAAAUCGAUAGAACUGGUCGUAGCUAAGAAGGCCGAGAAAUUGUUCCAUUCUGAUUCAUUGGGGCUUCAUGACAUCAGCCUAAUGUUCAAUACCUAUGGUAAAAUCUCAAACCCAUACGGCUCUGUGUGGAUUUCAUAUCUUUCUGAUUGGUUAGAAAUUAUGUGUAUGACAUCGUUUAGCUUUUUAUGUGGCCAUUGGCACAUACAAUAACUACAUAUCACUCACACAUGAUGUCAAUUUGGAAUGACAUAUUACAUAUCAAGUUACAAAGAAAUGCUGAGAAAAAUAUAAAUAUAAAAAUGCAACAAGAAAAUUAUAAUAAUGAUAAUAACAAUAAUAAUAAAUAUAGCAUAUAUGACAAAUAUCUAAGAAUAUAACCAAGACAUUACUUACUGUUAAAUUGAGCUCAUCAAACUACAAUUUAAAUUCAAACUUUUCAAACUAAGAGUUUUACCUUGCCCUUUUCCCUUAGAUUGCAUUCAAUACACUUAAAUUAUGAUUGAAGGAAUUUUUAAGAUGUUAAUUUUCCAAAGUUUUUUCUUUAAAAAAAAAAUUAGGUUGUACAUAUAUAUUGUGAAUUUAUAUCCAUGUGCUUGUUUUGUAAUGGAUUAAUGUAUUUAAUGCCAAUAUAUUGUUUGUUUUUGAUUUUUUUAAGUAUCCUGAUAUGUUAACUAACUGGAGACAAAUCAUGGGAUAAAAACGUGUCACUUAGCUGAUGUUGAGUAAGAAUUUAGCUCUAUGUUUUCAUCUUUAUAUAUGGAUUUAGGGGUUGCAUUGCUUUUAAUAAUUAGGAGAUAUGACCACCUUUUCUUAAAAAACAACAGAUUAUAUUCCAGUAUUUUAUUUUACAUUUAUUUUGAUCAUUUAAGGUAUUUAAGGGUAGCAGGUAGGCUAGUGGUUAGAGCAUUGGGCCAGUAACCGAAAGGUUGAAAAACCUGUCGAUGUGCCCUUGAGCAAGGCACUUAACCCUAAUUUGCUCCAGGGGCAUCAAACUACUAUGGUUGACUGACCCUGUUAAACAGCACGUUUCACUGCACUUAUCGGGUGUAUGUGACAAAUAAAACAUCUUCCCUUUUUUGGGGGGUGGACUACACACCCAAAAUACACCCAAGAUUAUCCAGACAGUUGCUAAAUUACAACAGAAGAUCCAUUGUGAUAAUCCCUUCACAUCAUUGUUGUGGCUUCGUUGGGAUCGGAUUAUUGUCAUUGUUUUUGAUAGAAAUGCUUUUCUUUGUUGUGUCGUGAAAUGUAAUGAUCAAUAGGCAGGCCACUGAAUAAGAAAGCGAAAAUCAAAAGAACUCUAAAUACCUAUUCUCACUCAGACGUUUGUUCCUUUAUUUAAAUGUUUUGUUGUAGAAUAAAGUGUUGAUCUGCAGUUGUGACCACAUGGAUAGAGAGGUAGAGACAGAGGAGGGUGGAUUUGGGGGCAGUGCAGUGCAGUGAACUACUAGAUGAAAACUCAAAAUUCAAUCAAUCACAGAUAACUGGGAAAACUGUACUAUGGGUUUAUUCUAAAUGUUUGGGUUGUUUUUCUAAGAACAGGUGUGGUUUCGUCUCAAUAUCCAAUGGCAAUAAGGUCUGCGAGAGGAACAACUUACUGGGUUUAUCGGUUUAAAUGUUUUUUUACAGGUUAGCGGUUUUACACUUUCGAGCAUGUUAACAAUGUGCAGGACCCCACAUUGUGGUUUUCCUUUAUCUGCAAUAGAUUGAAUCCAGGGUCUGAGUUGGAUUUGAAGUGGCUGGUGAACUAUAGAUUACAAAGGUUUUAGGAUUAAUUCAAUAUUUUACAACUUAAGGUUAGAUGGUUCCUUACCAUGAAACCAAUCCGAAACAUGGAUGACAGUUUCUGUUUCCAAAGAAUACUAUGGAAGGAACCAUCCGCUACUGAAAUAAAGAACUUCUAAGGUGUUGACUGUUCAGAACUUGCACAUGAUGCUGUACAAUAGGCCAGGCAGAUUGUGUUGGGUAUGUUUGUGUGGAGCUCUGUGUUGUCAGAAAGAAGUUAGUGAAGUUGCGGAUGUUGAAUGUCUGAAAGAUUUGUUAAGGAGAAACAGCAAUGACAAACAUGUUUGAUUUUGCAAUUACCACUGUUCAUCUUUGAACCACGAGAGAAAGAGAGACUGGGUUUAAAAAAGUGCAAAUUUUUAUUUAUUUAUUUUACUAGGCAAGUCAGUUAAGAACAAAUUCUUAUUUUCAAUGACUGCCUAGGAACAGUAGGUUAACUGCCUGUUCAGGGGCAGAAGGACAGAUUUGUACCUUGUCAGCUCGGGGAUUUGAACUUGCAACCUUCCGGUUACUAGUCCACCGCUCUAGCCACUAGGCUACCCUGCUGCCCCACUUUUUUAAACCAUCCCUAUUCAACCAUCUAGGACUAAAUAGCAACAUGUAAAAUGUGAAAAUUGACAAAUAAAUGUUUACAUUAAGCAAGCUUUCACACCAGAGAAAAAAGUGCCAACUUUAGUUUAGUUGCUUAUACGUGCUGUUGACAUGAAUGAAUCCAAAAUUGGUAUGUGUACUCAACAACCUCUCAGAGGCUACACUCCAAAAAUCCACACUAGCAUACUAUCUAGAUUGCAUUCCAAAUAGGCCAAAUACAUUGCUCCAAUGUAUGUGGAGUAUGUUAGUGUGAAUAUUGGGACGUAACCUCUAUAUGUUAGACGGAAGUUGAAGACGGAAGUUUUUGGUGGCUGUAAGAAGUCAUUUUAAAAGUGUGUGCUUUUGCAUUAGAGACUAGCUAGCGGCAUUUGUGUAUCGUUUUUUGAGGUGCUCAUUGAGAGGUGAGUUCAACAAGGUGGACAAGGUUUGCGAUUGUUUGCUAACAGAAGCUAACACAUUCCAUUUGGGUUUGUGUUAACUGCAAAUAUUCACUAACAUUAGCUUGCUAACAGCUAUUAGCUAGCUAACAGCCAACAGGUAGUGUGCGGGAAACAUAAUAGCAUAAUGUUGUGGGUCUAAACUUCCACUUGAAAUAAUCAUGUGGUGAUGUAGACGUUCUAAUACAUGUAGUAAAAAUAGCAAACAUCUUCUUCUGUUUGAAUAUUGCUGCUAAACUUCCACAGUAAUCCCUUCAAAAGAUUUUAUGGCUUCACUGUAACAUUGGAAUGUUCAUUUGAAUCAUUCAUCUGAAAUUGUUACUAGAUAGAAUAAUAUAUUCGCGGCAAAUUAAAUCCUUGUUGAACUCCCCUCGUGUCGUUGUCAGAGACGUAUAUUUUAAAAUGUUGACAAAUCACCAGCCAUGUUAGCUCCCCAUUAUUAUGUGGGCAAUGUUGACAAAUAGCAGGUCAUUGAAUUGUCUACAUUUCACCAAUGCUAUAACUGAACAUCUAGGAUUACAAUUACAAUCCAAACAUUUGUCAUGAAUGGAUAAUUAGAAUGCUUGGAUGUGCUAUCCAUUCUAAAAGUUGGCCAAACUCUCUAAAUGUAGGGCACUGAUCAAGACUCUGAUCAAGAAGUGAAUAAAAUAAAUUUGAAAAAACGACCAGUUUGAGAAGGAAAAACAUUGUGUAUAAUAACCAUAAAUCGGUAAUCAAUAUGAUUUGUGGUGAGGGACUUCAGAUGUGCCAGACAUAUGAGAGGCUAGCUAGAUAGCUGGGCUAGAAACAUCUGGCUAGAAAAAUUAAUAUUCAGUCAAUGCAAGCUAGCUAGCUAACUAGGUGCUUUUCUGAAAGAGUUAGCUUCAGACAGUAGGGUUGUUAACAGUGUCUACUCCUAUUAAAUCAAUUGCAGCAAGUUACCUAAUAAUGUUGCCAAUGUCCAUAGUGAAAUCCAAAAUCCAUAGUAAAAUCCUGCACUGUAGCAAGCUGAUCUGCUAACAUCACCAGCUAGCAAAAUAUCCAUCAAUGUCAACUGAGCUUGCCGUGGUUUUGGACUAGCUCGCUAGCGAUGAUAACCCCCUUUGCACAGUACAUUUUUGUUGUUGUUCAAUUUAUCAUUCAUACCAUGUUACCUGGCCCGUCUCCAACAGGAUAUCCUUAAAAGAAAUGCACUUAUUUUCAUUUUUUUUUAAAAUUGUUAUCAAAAUGAAAACAAUGAGGCUACUAACAUGUAUUGUAAUCUGGGCUGCCUAUCAGAGGAACCACUCGAAUGAUGACGUCAUUAAGAUGGCGGCAGUUUUCUAAACGUUUUAACAUAAAUAUGAGUUUUUCAGCCGAUUUAAGGGUAGGAACAUGCAUAUUGAUCACAUUUGGUUUAAAAAAUUACCUUUACUUACUAAAAUGUUUCCGUUCGUCUUUUAAAAUGUAAUAAUUGGAACUGCAGUGGUGUGGUGUUGUCCGUCAACGUGAGUAGAGGUCAUCGUAAGGUCAUGAGUCACAACAUUCCUGUGCUUGGGUUGGAUAGACUAGGGUCUGCGUCCCAAUAAUAUCUCCUUCCUCCUGAAGUGUACACUUGUUCACUUCUUCCCACAUAUCUAAAAACACUGUAUUGGUGGAGAAAUGGGGCAGUUAUUUUCUUGAAAUCAGCAAAGGGAGGUGAACAAGUCCACACAGGAGGAGGGAUAGAUAAUUGGGACGUAGCCUAGAUAGAGGCAUCUAACUGUUUGAUUUUACCAUGUAGGAACUUUAUAUUUCCGGGGGAACUCAGGCAGUGUAGUAUAAAGCAGGCAGGAGGUAUCCAAAGUGAAUACAAGUAAGAAAAGGUUUUCCUUAUGGAUCACUGCAUUUUAUCUGGCUGUUUUAAAUGUGGUUGGAAAGUGUUCUGUUUAUGAUCCUGUUUCAAUAUGAUAUCACAGACUGAGACUGACUUUAUUGAGCCACAAUAUAAUAGGUGUCCAAAGUCCAAAAGCAUCAGUCAUCAUGCUGUCUCUUGCAUCAUAUCGAAUCAUAUCUCAACCACAACAUAUCUGUGGUAACAAACCAUUAGGUAAAUGCAGGUCAAAGGUCAGGUUUUCUCUGAUUAGCCAAUGAAACGGUCUCAUUCUUACCCCCAUGACAGGAUGUUGCAUCAAUCUGAAUGAGAGAUAUGGCUUGGGAGAGGCUAUACGGUAAGCUAGCUGGGAAGGGCUCAUCAGGACGACUGACUAAAUGAACUGACUUAACCGAAUCCGUUCAUCUCCACUUGACUCUCAAUUUGCAACAUAGGUAAUCAAUUUGGGUGUCAGGCGUGUCCGUAUAGCAUCUCCUGUGUUGCUCGUCUUGAAAAACUCUGUUCUAACCAUGUGAUAAAAGAUUGGUCAUGUUCCAGGCUGACCACAUUGCAGACGUUGCACUGCAUUUACCAAUGGUUGCGUGCCACGUGAUGGACUGUGAAGUUGGGCAUCAGAUUGCUAUAUCAUUUGAUGGGGUUAGUUUAAAUGUUAAACACCUAUCCAUGCAUUGUGCGAUCUGGCAUGCAUCUGCAAAGUAGUCAGCCUGGAAAACAACCACUACAACACGUUUUAUUGUUAUCAUAUCGCCCACUGGAUGCCGUAGGCUUUAUGCUGUUAGAUUGGAUUAGGAUGCUUCUUUUACAGGACCAAAAGAACAUUCGAAUGAUUUAUUUUCCAACGACAGCAAACAAAUAAAUAAAUAAAAGACAAGGUAUUAGCAUAUGUAUUUAAAUGUGGCUUUUGUUCUGAUUGAAAUGACAUUAAACUGAAGUGAUGCCAUUUUAUCAUUGUGCUAAAAUGAAUAUAAAUAUUAUAUUAUAUAUUAAAAUAUAUUUGCUAACCUA